AUGUCGAACGUGACCGAUGUGCUGCUGCGCGGCCAGGCCAUUUACAAGAAGUAUGAGAAGUACGACACCAACGCGGCGGUGCGGGAAAAGACAGAUGACCCCUUUGCUGACGAGUUCAACAUGGUGCUGGACAAAGUGCAGGACCUGCAGCUGAGGUCGGAUGAGACUGCACAGGAGAAGAACCGCGCGCUCAAGGCUGCGCUGAAUGCCGACCUGCGCAAGACCAAGGCCACGCUGCUGGAGCAGGCCAUCCCGCUGCUGGAAAAGAUGGCCCGCAAGGGCAAGGGGCUGACCCCCGAGAUGAUCCAGGCCCGGCAGGCGCAGGUGGCAGAGCUGAAGCAGACGAUAGAGGAGAUCUCCGACGGCGCGCACUCAGCACGAAAACCGCAGCGGGCCUUUACCAACAGCGGGCCACGCAGCGGCGAGGUGACCAUCAGCCCCAUGGACAUGGAUGGCCGUUACCAGAGCAAGGACUACUACACACACACGGAGCAGACCAAGGCGUUCCAGGGGGAGUGGGAGGAGACCAAGCAGCGGCAGGACCAGCAGCUGGAGCACAUUGAGACGGGGCUGGGGCACCUCAAGGAGAUUGGUGAGGCCAUGAAUGAGGAGCUGCAGCGGCACGACAUCCUCAUCAACGAGGUGGACGAGAAGAUGGACAAGGUCACCAAGGAGCUGCAAACCAACAACAUGCGCCUCAAGGGGCUGGUCACCAAGAUGCGGUCCACCCGCAACUUUGUGGUGGACAUUGUGCUGAUCUGCAUCCUGCUAGCUAUCGGCCUAUACCUGUACAACUUCUUGAAGUAG